AUGAUGAGAGGCUGCUCCAGCAGACCCAAGCUCACACAGAACCAGGGCAGAGCGGGACUGACCGACGUCAGCCACGUCAGUGCCCUGUCGGUGGAUCGACUGGCUUCAACCCCACUGGUGGUCCAGCCGACCCCUGCUCCCUGUGCCCUUUUGGUGGUCUGGCCAACGGCGGCCCCCCAUACCUUGUCGGAGGACCGACAAACGUCAACUCCGCCGGUGGUCCGCCCGACCCCUGCUCCUCGUGCCCUGUUGGCGGAUCGAUCGGCUUCAGCUCCGUCGGUGGUCCGGGCGACCCCUGCUCCUCGUGCUCUGUUGGUGGAUCGACCGGCUGCAGCCCCGUCCGUGGUCCGUCCAACCCCUGCUCCUUGCACCAAGGCCCUCAGCCCAACAGUACCAUCACUGAUUUCCCCCUGCUGCUGUCUUGCUGCCGGCCUUCAGCCCUGCUCCCCGGCCUCCGGAGGGGUCUCGCCCUCAUCCCAGUCGCCCCUUAGCCCGACCUCCGGAGAGGUUAUGCCUUACCCGCCAGCCUCCUGGGGACUCCGGUCCUCCCGUCGACCACAUUCCCUCUCUGCCCUGCCCUCGGGACGCCCGUCUGAACUCCCUGGUCCCCCUGCUCUGCUCUCGGGACACCCCCCAGAACUCCCUGGUCCCUGCUCUGCCCUCCAGCACCCGUCUGGCCCUGUUCCCUCAGUUCUGCCCCGCCCGUUCACCUGA